CGUAAACAUUUGCUUGGACAUUUGUCUAAUUUAAUUCCAUCCUCCAGAACAGAGCAGAAUCUAACAAUGCACGGCGACGGCGAUCAUCUUCCGAGCAUCAGAGUCGGCUGUGAGAUUGUGCUGGCGACGAUCAUCUUCCUCUUCUUGGUCAUCUGCUUCGCCUUAUUAAUCUACCUCUACCUCAGACGGCAAAUUCGCUUGUACAGCUACCCGGAGGGUGCCGCCGCGGCGCCGAACCAUUCCGGCCUCGACGCUGCCGUGCUCCGCUCGCUCCCUGCGGUCGUCUUCCGGAGGGCGUGCUUCGAGGAGCCGGUCGAGUGCGCCGUGUGCCUCUCCGAGCUGGCCGAGGGCGAGACGGCCCGUCUGCUUCCCGGGUGCGGCCACGGGUUCCACCUCGAGUGCAUCGACAUGUGGUUCCAUUCCCACACUACCUGCCCACUCUGCCGGAGUAGCCCCGUCGGGAGAGGACCCCCGGGGCGAGUUCCGGCGGGGGAGGCCGCGCCGCGGGUGGCGGUCGUUUCGUCGAGCAGGUUGCAGACAGGAACUGAGGGCGCGGGUGAAGGUUCGUCGAGGGCUUCGGCCGGUGGACCGUCGCCGACGUCGACGAGGGCAGCGGUGGAGGGGGCGUCGUCGUCGGUCGAGCAGACGUUGAAGACGCUAAGGAUGAUACUGAGUCAAGGGAGGUGGAGUGUUGCCUCGUCCUCCGGUAGCGCCUCCAACGGAGGCGACGUAGAGCAGGGUCCGGUGAGAUGCGUGGAGGCGUCAUCAGCCAACGCGUGUCGGAAACAUUAACAGGAUUUUAUUUCGGAAAAAACAAAAAGUGUUUUUUUUUAAUAUGUAAAUCAUAAACGGAUUAAGGGUUUUAUUUAUUUUUUAAUAUUUUUAUUCAAUACAU